GGCACCCACAUCUCUGGGGACUUUCUCUCCCUCACUUUCCCUACCCCCCUACCAGCCUCUCUCUAUGCAAAUCCCAAGGGGAGGGGGGACAUUUGCCUGGCUCCCGCCCCCCACUUCCUGUCCCGGUGGGGUAGUGGGGGUGAGUGGGGGGGCCGGUCUCACACAUGAACACAGAGCUGCAGUGGUCACAGCUGCAGCCACCUCCGCUCCGCUGACCCCAACCACGUCGAGACUCAGGUGGCGGAAGGCACCCCUGACAUGCCCUUGUGUCUCUCCCCCUCCAGGCUUGAGGGGCCGCACGUCAGCUGUCUGUACCCGGAUGGAGUCUUCUACGACUUGGACAGCUGCAAGCACUCCAGCUACCCUGACUCAGAAGGGGGCCCUGACUCCCUGUGGGGCUGGACUGAGGCCCCGGCUGUCCCUGCCACCUCCUAUGAAGUCUUCGACCCAGCUGUGGUCACCUUUGGCCACCCCCAGGAUGUCCAGCUCUGUUAUGGACCCUCCUCAACCUACACCCCUGUGGGGAGCCUCGACCCAGCCACCAGCCUGGAGGCCAUGGGGCCCGGCUUCCCAGCAUACCCCACGGAGGACUUUCCCGGCCAGACCCUGGGCCCCCCGGCCUACGCCCCGUACCCCAGCCCCGUGCUGUCAGAAGAGGAGGAUCUCCUGUUGGACAGUCCCGCCCUGGAGGUCUCAGACAGCGAGUCUGAUGAAGCCCUCGUGGCUGGCCCCGAGGGGAGGGGAUCCGAGGCAGGGGCCCGCAAAAAGCUGCGCCUGUAUCAGUUCCUGCUGGGGCUGUUGACUCGCGGUGACAUGCGCGAGUGCGUGUGGUGGGUGGAGCCAGGUGCCGGGGUCUUCCAGUUCUCCUCCAAGCACAAGGAGCUCCUGGCGCGCCGCUGGGGCCAGCAGAAGGGCAACCGCAAGCGCAUGACCUACCAGAAGCUGGCCCGCGCCCUGCGCAACUACGCCAAGACCGGCGAGAUCCGCAAGGUCAAGCGCAAGCUCACCUACCAGUUUGACAUUGCGCUGCUGCCGGCCGCCCGCCGGGCCUGAGCCCCACGGGGCUCUGGGGGCUCUCGGGCUCCACGUCGGUGUCACGUUGCUGUCCCCUCACCCUAGGUCAUAGGACCCGUGGAUUCCCCGCUCUGUGGGGGUGGGGGACUGCCAUAACCCCUAAGCCCUGCUCAGGGCCCCUCUGGGAUUCCCUUGUCAUGUCCAGGGUCCCCAGGAUCUUCAGGGCUUGGGUCGCAGGACCCACUGAAGACUAUAGUAAGCGCCUAUGUGGAGUGGGGUGGGGCAGUGCUCCCAGAACCCCAAGAGCUUCUCCGGGAUCCCCUUGUGAUGUCUGAUGUCCCCCAGCCAGGCUGGGGGCGUCUCUGAGACCUCUUGUAUGUCUGUUAUCCCUCAGUCUCACCUCAGGGAGGGGGAGGCCACAGGUUUUCACACCAGGAGGGGCCACUGCCUGCAACCGAAAGCCCUGCCCAGGGUCUCGGGGGCGCCUUUAUCAUGUCUCAGAUCUCUGUGACUCUUGUCCGCUCUGUCCCCUCAAAUCUCUCGGUCAUCUUUGAGAUCCCCUAAUUUGUCUGGAACUGCUCUCCUACUUUUUUUGGUGUGUUUGGAAUUCUCCAGUCACAUUUAGGGAGACUCUGGGUUCUUUCCGUCGUGUCUGAAAGCGAUGGUCAGGUCUGUGGUGGGUGGAGGAACCUCAUGGAACCCUGUCCUGCCUGUGCCACCUCUGGUACCCACUCGUCUGCCUGAGGUUCUCCAGUCACAUCUGUACCCUCACUCCGGGAUUUCCACCUGAUAUGCCCUUUUGGGGCCCCCACCAGCAGCCCCCAGUAGUCAUGGGAACCACCCUCUUUCUUGGGGUAUCCUCUAUACGCCCACGCUGGGGGUCAUUCUGGCCACUCAGCUGCU